AUGGACCCCUGCCCAGAUGUACAGAUCGAAGCAGCCGCGUGGAGAGACGCAGUAACCGCGAGUCUACAGUCUGUCGAGGUGUUCGGUAGCAGUUCUGCGGACAACGCUAUUGCAGGAGCCAUGGACAGGCGCCUUCCGUGGGAUCUUGCAAGCUGCGCCUGGCCUGGAGUCGCCCCUCCCUCAUCCAGUGUACUUGCAAGCCUGCUGUGUGCGCUGCGUUUUAUACAGCCUGUUCGCCGCGACGGGUGGCUCUGCUUCCCGAACGGCUUCCUCGUUGACACCAUCCACGCCCGUGGCCCUCUGACCGUCACAGCACCAUCUUGCACCUUGCACCUUGCACCCUGCACCCUCCCAGACUGCUACCGCCAAAACAAAGAGACGAUAGAGCCCAACUCCGACACUCCCGCCGCCACCUGCCUCGACAGUGUUGAUCUCCCACCAACCGACAAGCCGACAAGCGCCAAAGCCGCUUGCCGUGUCGUGGAACAAAAAUGUAAAUCGUUAUCGCAGGAACCACUCAAGGCCUCACGUGGCAAAGGAGCACCACCCAAGCUACUCUUUCCACCCACACAGAAGCACCCACAUAGCAGAAAUCCAUACAUGCUCAAGGACAAAGUUGUGGAUUCCUUCACACCUACCUUCACUACCGUGAAUGGAAGAGGCUCACCGCCAACCCCUCGCACAUCUGCUAGCACCUUGGGCAUGAGUGCACGUACAAGUCCCCCACAACAAACCGAGCUACGGCCGUCCGAGAACGGAUACCGCAGUGGCACCAGUUCCGCCUCUUCAAGCUCAUCUAGCCCGGACUCUGCAGACAGUCCCCCCAACAAGAGGCCGCGUUCAAACUCUCCUGACCACAACGUCAGUACGAGUGGAGGUAUGGAGGCUCCACAGCACCGCCAGUUUCCUUCCAUAGACCGGCCCACUGAGCACGAGCGACGUUGGACUGCCGAGCCUCAGUCACUCAAUGGCUACCGCGAUAUGCGUGAGCCGCGUCCGAUGGAUCAAGUGCACGGCAGCAUGCCGCCCAUGGCAACGCAGCAUCUGCCCCUCAGCGAGCAUGGCGGAUUUGAGCCUGGAAACUCGACCGACCCUAGCCGAACUGCCGCACAGCAGCAGAAUGACGCGAAAAAGAGAAAGAGACAGUUUGCCAACCGAACCAAGACUGGCUGUGGGACCUGCCGAAGGCGAAAGAAGAAGUGCGAUGAGGCGAAGCCUGAGUGUAACAACUGUACCCGUGGUGGCUUUAUAUGCGAGGGCUACACUAGCAAGGUCCCUUGGUCGAAGAAUGGCGCAGCGAAGCAGCCACCCCCGUUGCAGGCCAAGGAGCAAAUACCACCUCAUGAUUUGACUGCAAACUAUCCCAAGUGUCCAGGCUGCAAUCAGAUUCACAUACCGCAUUGCGAACCGACACGCAGCAACAGCCAGCCAUACUCGGAUCACCGGUCCCUAAACGGGUCUGAAGGUGCUCGAGUCCGACCAAUCGUAGUCGAGGAGCAAGAGCGCAAACCUCCUGCACCUAGCAGUUGGAACAGCGGCUGGAACGAGCCUCCGCGGGUUUCCUAUCCGGAGCAUGCGCCGUCUGUACCUGCGCAAUAUCCGCAGCCACCCGCUCCGACCAACGACAGGACGCCGUCGCACGAUCAUCACAUGCCUCAGCCACAAGGACCCCCUCCCGCCCCGGCAACACAAUUCCGCGAAUCUACCACCAUACUACUCAGAGCAUGA